AUGGCCGGCCUCCUCCUCCUCAAGCUCCUCCCUCCCUCCAUCCUCUCCGGCGGCGCCACCUCCACCUCCACACCUCGCCGUCGGCCAGCACCGAUCCACCACACCACCACCAGAAUCACAAGCAGCAGCAUCAACGCAACACAGUCUUCCUCCUCCUCCACCACACCCGCGACAACCUCGGCGUCGUCUCCGGCGGCGGUGAAGCUCACCUACCUCCAGUUCAACGGCUGGCUGUGGGAGCUGCCCGGCGGCUUCCGCGUCCUCGUCGACCCCAUCCUCGUCGGCAACCUCGACUUCGGCAUCCCCUGGCUCUUCGACGCCGCCAAGAAGACCCUCCCCAACUCCCACCCACAGCCGGACGCCGGCCUCCUCGCCGACCUGCUGCUCAUCACCCAGAGCCUCGACGACCACUGCCACCUCCGCACCCUCACCCAGCUCGCCGCCAUCCGCCCCGGCCUCCCCGUCGUCGCCACGCCCAACGCGCGCCCCAUCCUCUCCGCCCUCCCCUUCACCCACGUCACCUACCUCGAGCCCGGCCAGUCCACCACCGCCGCCGCCGUCACCGUGCUCGCCACCGCCGGCCCCGUGCUCGGCCCGCCGUGGCAGCGCCCGGAGAACGGCUACAUCGUCACCGCCGGCAAAAACACCAGCGUCUACUACGAGCCGCACUGCGUGUAUGACGCCGGGUUCCUGCGGGACAGGGCGCUGCGCGCCGACGUGCUCAUCACGCCCGUCGUCAAGCAGCUCCUCCCGGCCGACUUCACCCUCGUCUCCGGGCAGGAGGACGCCGUGGAGCUCGCCAGGCUGCUCCGCCCAAGCUACGUCGUGCCCAUGAGCAACGGCGAGUUCGACGCCAAGGGCCUCCUCGCCGCCCUCGUCUCCACCCGGGGCACCAUCCAGGCCUUCAGGGCCAUGCUCGCCGACGCGCUCCCCGACGCAAAGGUCGUCGAGCCCACCCCCGGCGUCCCGCUCCACCUCCGCUUCGACGACAACGACAACAACAACAAUUCAUCAACAUCAUCAUCAUCAUCUUCAUAG